AAAGAAUCCAAGAAAAAGUGAUAGAAAAAGCGAGCCUCUCUCGUCCCUAUGACCACAAGAACAAGCUCCGAUCCAUAAUCAAAGAUGGUGGUUUCCUCAAUAUCUCUGAGCUGCUUUUCGCCAUGCUUAUACAGCAAGUUGAACUACCUGUCCGGUUCGAAUGAACCGCCUCGCAAUUCUGCGAUUUCAUCUUUCCGCAAUGCAGUCGCUGCCGAAACAGAGACAACCUCCGACGACGAUGGACAAAUUGUAGGGCACUUACAGAGAAGGCCUCUAUUAUUGGGACUUGGAACACUGACUGCAACUGUUCUCCCUGCAAAUCCACUCAAAGCUGAAGAAAUACCAGCGAAGUACAGAGAAUUUGUGGACUUUAUAGAUGGGUAUUCUUAUAUAUAUCCUCAAGACUGGAAGGACUUUGACUUCAGAGGGCACGAUUCUGCAUUUAAAGACAGGUAUUUGCAAUUGCAAAAUGUGAGGGUGAGAUUCAUACCAACUCAGAAGAAAGAUAUCCAUGAUUUAGGUCCAAUGGAAGAGGUUGUAACCAAUUUGGUGAAGCAUGUAUAUGCUGCCCCCAACCAAAGGCCAACAGUAUAUGACAUGCAAGAGAGAACUGUAGAUGGGAAAAAUUACUACACGUUUGAAUACGUUCUCACAUCGCCAAAUUACUCAAGUGCCUCGUUUGCAACAAUAGGCAUAGGAAAUGGAAGGUAUUACACCUUAAUUGUUGGAGCCCUUGAAAGGCGCUGGAGAAGGGUAAGAGAUAAGCUUAAAGUGGUUGCAGAUUCCUUCAAGAUAUUAGACAUCUGAAAUUAUAUCAGGGUUUCCCUGGUGCAUGUUCUAAUUUGUUUAUAGAUUGAAUUUAAAAUUUAUGUAGCACAAUAUGAACCUUUUUGUCUAUCAUAGAAUGGGAAGAUUUUCAAGUUGACCUAGUAAUCUGAAUUGACAGAUUCAAAUUUGAUUCUAGGUAAAAAUUAAUAAUACCCAUUUCUAUUUUUAGAAACCAA